CUUUGUGAAGAGGCCCAUCAUACACUAAAGACUCCCUGUGAAAUUGUAUCACAAACCAUUUGGAAUUCGCACUCAUAUCAACGCGCCGGCGAAACAAAAACCUGGCCGGCAAAAUCAGGCGGAGCGUCGUCACAGGAAGGAAGGGUGAGAAGGAUACAGAUCAGAUACUACUAGCUUGUUAAAACUGCAUCGUUUUUCGGCAAUUAGUCACCAUUUUGAUUGAAUAAAAACAUGAGGAUUACUACGUUUUCGAGAUAUAUUCGCCGUCUCCCUCGGCCUAGAGCAUUUAUGCCUCUGCAAUCUCGAGCCUUCCAGCCUGAUGUUGCUACUAGAGAUUCUAAUGCCAGGCCAAUUAAGUACAAAAUUCCUCAAUCUUAUGACCCUUAUGGCCCUAGACCUUCACCUUCAGACAAAAUCGUCCAGCUUGCGGAACGUAUCGCAGCGCUAUCGGAGGAAGAACGCGGUCAUAUUAUGCCUACUUUGUCGGAAAGAUUAAAGCUUCCUAAGCUGGAGCCGAUUUCAACUGAAGGCAUGGACUUGGGUUCAGACGGCGGUGCUGGGCCAAAGGUUGAGGAGAAAAAGGCAGAGAAGACGGCUUUUGAUGUCAAGUUAGAGAAAUUUGAUGCUGCUGCAAAGAUCAAGGUGAUUAAGGAGGUGAGAGCAUUUACUAACUUGGGAUUGAAAGAAGCUAAAGAUCUUGUUGAAAAGGUACCAACUGUUCUUAAACAAGGAGUCACAAAAGAAGAGGCUAAUACUAUUAUAAAAAAAAUAAAAGCCGCCGGAGGAGUUGCAGUUAUGGAGUAGAUUUUUCAGUUUUUGGAUUAAUGGCCUAGAUCACAAAUUUUUCUUGAUGGUGAGUGUGUUUUUAACUUACCAUAUGCAUGGUGAAGUAAUGGUUAGAAAAAAUUUCUCAGGAGAUGAAGUGGAUUUAAACUUUCAGAACUGAUUGUUGGAUAAUCUGUUUGAAUAAAAAAAAAAUCUCUGUCUGAGUUUUUCUGGGUAAUCAUACUCACUUGUAACUGUUGUUUUAGUUUGACAUUUGCAAUAGUCACAUCUAUUUUUACAAAUGAAAAUUUUCUGGAACAUGUAAUUUUCAUUUUAGUUAUUUGAGAAUCUUGUGGUUGAUAUGCCAAACUUUUUUGGUCUUCUAUGUAGAUUGAUGAUCUACUUAUCUAGAAUUGUGCCUUUAUUUUU